AAAAAAAAACUGGGAGGCUUGAUCCGUUUUCACCCCGUUACGCCGAAUCGGAACAGGUCGGGUUUUGCCUCCAAAAUCUAUAAAUUAAAUCCAAUUUCCCUCCACUCAUACACCGUCAUCUGAAAACUCUCCACCCCGCAAUCCUCAGAUUUUCUCCUAUACAACAAACAUCCAUCCUCAACUCUCAACCUCCCCCAAAUUACACCUCUCUUCCCGCCUCAAAAUCAACCACGUUCACACCCCAAUUGCAACCAAUUUCGACCAAAACCGCCCACUAUUCUCUGCAUGCAGUCGGUAAUAAACCUUCCUAGAGCAACUUCUCCUCACCCAUCUCCCCCGUUGUUUCUCUUUUACCUUAUAUCUCUCGCACUUCGCCCUUUUUCUGUGUAUUUUUGUGUUUCCAGCUGCACCCAAUUCUUGCCUUGGCAUGAGAGGGUCCGGCAAGACAAUUCUUUCACCAAAUCGCUUAAUCGGAGCUCGUUUCAUCUGUCCCAACAGCUGAUCUGAUAGAGUGUAACAGAAAAUGGCAACUGAGUUAUCAGAGGGAGAAGAAGAAGGGAAGAUUACAGGGGGGAAUCAAUUCCUGAUUUUAGAUGAUGACCUCAGAGAAAUGGGCAAAAAAGCCGCUUGGAGUGUCAGCUCUUGCAAGCUUGGCAAUGGCGUCUCCUCUCUCCGGGAUGACAAUCUUGAUUCCUUUUGGCAAUCGGAUGGUGCGCAACCUCAUUUGGUGAACAUUCAAUUCCAGAAGAAAGUAAAGCUACAAUUGAUUGUACUCUAUGUGGAUUUCAAGCUUGAUGAGAGCUAUACCCCCAGUAAGAUCUCUAUUCGCACUGGCGAUGGAUUUCACAACUUGAAGGAGAUCAAGGCUGUGGAACUUGUCAAGCCAACUGGCUGGGUUUAUCUAUCCUUAUCUAGAAAUGAUCCUAGGGAAACUUUUGUGAAUACAUUUAUGUUACAAAUUGCUGUGCUAUCAAAUCAUCUUAAUGGCAGGGAUACCCAUGUAAGGCAGAUCAAAGUUUAUGGGCCUCGACCGAAUCCUAUACCCCAUCAGCCUUUUCAAUUUACUUCAAGGGAAUUCAUUACAUACUCUUCUGUUAGAUGAGAAUGUGAUCUGCCAGGAACACAGAAGAGAAACCAUGCCGUGCCUGAAACUGUGUAAAGCAUGCAGCUGAAAGUAGCCAAGCCAUCCAAGAACCAUGCGUUGUGGACUAUCUUUAAUCUAUUACGUUCUGCAAUUAUCAAAGAAACACAGAUUGAGAUGAUUUCCUCAAAAACUUAAUUGCUAUUAUAUUUAUUUGAAGUUAAGGACGGUAAAAUCAGCUUGGAGAAACUGUAGUUUGAGUUGAAUCUUCUUUUCUCAACCUUGCCUGAUUCCUAUCUGAUCUGUGCGCAAUGAGAUUCAUCAACUCUUAAAUCGGAAUAGCUUUGUCUAAUUAAACGUUGGUGUCAAAUCUGAAGGCAAAAUUGGCUUUUCCGUAAGAACAACAGUGAUCGUAUAGGUCACAAUAGUGAAUGUAGGAGCGAGGUAUUGGUUAAUCAAAUCAAAUUAAGAAAUACAUACAUAUUUAUCAAAGAUAAAAUGUCAUUGAUUGGAGAAAAAUACAAGGUCCAAAGCUUGAACCCAAGGACCCUAACCCAUACUUGACCCGGACAAAAGAUCCGGAAAGAAGCAGAAAAUGUAACCCUCUCUCUGGGUUGUACGGCCGCCUGAUGGAAAAAGAAAUUGGUGGAAGUUUCAUCAAUCAUGGCCAGAAAACCUCACUCUCAACACUUACUGAAGCCCAAGGAAGGCGACCGUAGAAGCUUAAGCCGACUGCACCCUCCAAGGACAGAGACCCAUUCUUCAAACUAAACAACCAAUAUACAACCCAAAUCUGGCAUGGAUGGGAAGCCGUUGCCGCUUGAACAGAGGGAAACAGCCUCCAGAUCGACACAGCAGCCACCUCCACGGUCAAGGGAGGCUUCGUACAGCUCACAAAAUGAACGAUGAGGGGGCAACCAGUGAUUCUUGGUGAACCGUCUCGACAUCUGAGACCACCUACACGAACUGCCGCUCACCACCACUCGCCGAUAAGCCAUUUUACCGCCAUAGCUGAAAAACCCUCAACCUGUAAAAACAAAAGAAAAACAAGAUCCAUGCAAGAACUAGAAGAAAACACAAAGCAGAUCAAACAAAUCCCUCCACAUGAAGCACGACUGCCAAACAUCAAAAAAGGAAAUAUUUACACCUCACCGACUGUGGGGAGGGAAAACCCACAGCCGGGCAGGGAGGAGGCCCUCCACGGCCCGGAAGGGACUAGGAGAGCCUCCUACCGAGGCAGAAAAACCGGCAAAGACCCGGAUAAAAGAGGGACAAGAAUCCCAGAG